AUGAAGUCAUUCCGGACCAUGGUCUUCAUGUCCAAUUGGCCUAUUUCACUUACCGCUAUGGGCGUUGAAGAUUUAUCCAAGAUCAUAGGUCAUUCUGUUUCACCCACGGAAAGCCAUGCACAGUCUCACUUUACAGGAAUUUACGAUCCGGCACUCCAUCAACAAGAAGCUUUUCGAUCGGAAACAUAUCCGUCAAAUUUAUUGCAUUCACGUGCACAGGCAGAACCUCCUGGGCUUGGCACGCUUAUUGUUGAGGCUCCUUCAUCCGACGCCUCUGUUGGAAACCUUGGAGAAGGAAUAUGGGAACAAUUUGAAGACCCACUCGGAAGCCCUGGGUACUACACCGAGUUAACCCAAGUACUUAGCCAGCUUCCACGAACCCAAGCAGAUUCGCCGUUGUACCAGCUGAGCGCAGACGGCUUCGAUGGCGUUCUACACGACGAUGGCUUCCAUCCAACAAAUCCCUACGAUAGCGUCAUAGGGCUCUGGGCUCAGUCGGAAGUGCACAAUGAGUACACUCAUGUUCCUUCGACCUUGUCCCAUACACCUCACAUCCAGCCCUCGCAAUCGCCAUCAGGCCACCGCAUUCCUGCCGAGCAUCCGAUUGAUUUUCUUGAUAGUGAUCUUGCUCGUAUUUUUGAGCAAAAUGACAACUUUGAUAAAUCUCUAGGAUUCCAACCCUUGAAGCAUGAGCCCACAGCCAUAUCGCGUGACAUUUUAUUGCAACCUCCCGUUCCUCAGGUCAUGUCAUCUAUUGCAAACGGAGGACGGCCUCAUGAAACUUUCAAGGACAUUUUCAAUCAUGUCACCCACAGCACGCCUCGAAUCACACAGCCUAUAUCACCUAUUCCAGAGGCCAGGCAGGCGUCAGAGUCACCUUCAAACUUUGGCUUCGGAGGUUCUCCAAGUACAUUCACCCCGCUCCUUCAGGUUUUAUCACCGGCUCGUCAUUCGGAAGAAGAAUCCCAGAAGCACGGACACGUGUCAUUGCUCAGAUCAGGACAGCUCAAGCACCUAACUCAGACGCAUCCAGUUAAACCUAGAUCGAAACGAAAAAAUCGUCCAAAACCUUCGUUAAUGGAUGACAAUGAAGGAUUUGUCCGUCAAGUAAAGAGACGUGGAUCAUCCAAAGACGGCAAAAUUGAUACCUUGGUGGCAUCGACUCCGCCGAACCAGCAGCCCUCACGGUUACGAUUCAAACGCCCUAAAGUUCCUGCAUUCGACUCUGAAACAGAUUAUAUCUCAAGACUUGAAGAAUAUCUCCAUGAAGCAACUAUGUCUAAUGAUCUAGUCAAGAUUGACGAUUAUCAAUUAAACAUCAAAGCUAUGGAAAGAUAUUACGGAAAAAGUUGGCAUCGAGAAAAGUCGAAAAAGAAGAAAUUGUUGAAAAAAAUUGAUCCAGAGCUUGAUCAGAAAUUGUCAUCAAAUGCCCAUCUGCCAUCAAUUUCACCUAGGAAAUUAAUUGAUAAAUAUAAACCUAAGAUCCAAGCAUUUUUGAAAUUAUUCAAGAUAGAGCGUGAAUUUCCUGGUCAUACAGAGUAUCUACAAGAAAAUAUGCAUAAACUUUUGGAUAAUUACUUGGAGAUCUUGACCAUAUGUUCUGAAGUUGUCUGGUCUAAUGAUUUACAUACCAACCUGGAAGAUGAUGUUCGUGAGGGAUACGACUGGCUCAUGGAAAGAUUAAAAGGGUUUCCAACCAGGGAAUUCGAUCACUUACCAAUUGAUGGAAACAUUGUAAUACCGACUGACGAUAAAGACUUUAUAAAGAGGUUUGAUGGUGGUCUUUCUGUAUAUGAUGGUACAGCGUUUUGGUUAACUCAUAAAUUAUAUAAGAGAAAAAGGGAAAGAGUGGCCGCUACCUAG